CUUCAACAAAAUCUGUGAAAAAUGAAAUCCAAGGGCGCUUCAGACUCCUCUGGGCCUAAGCCACGUGAUUGUUAUUGCAUGGCUGACAUGCCUCGUCACAUCCCCAAGCUCUGAGUCUGAGACAUUGUAGUCCUAUUUCGGACACAGUGCCACCAGAACACGUCGAUCAUUGAGAACGAGGGAUUUGUCCACAAUGAUCAGAUUCAUCCCAGCCAGGUCAGCCGCCACAAUAUUCAAUAGAGCGGGUGUGGAAUGAGACCAAGGCUGGGAGACCUCACGCGUGAUACACUCACUUCUUUCAAGAAAGGUGGCCGAGGAGCACAAGGCAAUGAGGCUGCACAUAAAUACUCCGGCUCAGAAUAGUACACGUGGGGACGGUGUCAGUGACCAGCGUAGUUUACAUGCAUGUGCCCGAUGCAGAUCCGCCGACCAAGAUGAAGCUCUCCCCGCAUCAUGGCGCCAUGAUGGUGCUCUUGUUGGAGACCCAGCUGGAACGAGUGGAUGCGUUCUGGAGAAUGGGCUGUUCUACAAUUCUAAACGGGCGUAUCGACCCAAUAGUCAACCCUGGCAAACUAAGCUCUCACAGCCACACCAUCGUUGGUGGAAGCAACAUUGGCAUCGACAGCUCGUACGAGACCAUGAUCAACAGUGCCUGCACUUCUUGCGAAAUUCAAGCGGACAAGUCAGCCUACUGGGCUCCUAUAUUAUAUUACCAAUACGCCGAUGAAACUUUCCACACUGUCUACCAAUCCGGAUCAGUCGUCUACUAUCUUGGUCGUGGUCCGAAUGUCGGGAAGACUGUUCCUUUUCCAGAAGGUUUCAAAAUGCUCAGCGGCAACUCCGUGGCCAGGGCUUUUGAUACCGUGACCUAUACCAAGGGCGACGAGCACAAUUCGCCACGCCUUGUCUCUGAAGCCAUCAAUUUCGCUUGCCUAGGAGCCAACAAGGCCCUUCCUGAGCAGAACGGCCUGAUCAACACGCACUGGAAGCCUUUCGAAUGCGUCAAUGGCCUUCGCGCCCAGAUCCAUUUUCCCACCUGUUGGAAUGGCCUCGACCUAUACAAGACUGAUGGCUCCCAUGUCACCCACCUAAGUCAGAUUGACAAUGGCGUCUGUCCACCAAGCCACCCCAUACAGCUGCCUCACAUUUUCCUUGAGACUCUCUACAGUGUGGACUCCAUUCCGGGAGAUACUACCGGCGGCCGUUUUGUCUUCUCCAAUGGCGAUCCAACAGGGUACGGCUACCAUGGUGAUUUCAUCAACGGCUGGAACUCAACAGUCCAAGCACUUGCUGUGGCCAAUUGUUUGGCAACAGAUAACGCUGGUCAAAUCAGCGCUUGCCCAUACUUGCAAGAAAGCGAUACAGACGGCUACAGCAGAAUCUGUCCGUUGCGGAAGUCCCCCGUCAACGAGACAGUCCUAGGCUUGCUGCCGAAGCUCCCCGGCUGCAACAAGAUUACGGACGGCCCCUCGAAUGCGACACCUCAGGACUCAGCUUGCCCGUCGUCUGUGGCACCGCCUUAUGUCACUCCAACGGUGGACUCUGUGGCUCAAUACACAGUUCGACCACCCGUCGGCACUUUCUAUCCCCUUGGGACACAGCAGAAGUACCUUGGUUGCUUCAACGACACAGCUGAUGGAAAGAGGGCUCUCAAUGGGAGGCAAACAUCCAUGGAGUCUCUCGAUGUCUCAAGUUGUCAGGUAUACUGCAAUUCGCACGGGUACAGGCUCUCCGGCGUCGAGUAUGGCUCCGAAUGCUUUUGUGGGGAUACGAUCGACAACUUCGCCAACGCCGACCACCUGAUUGGGGGAUUUGACCGAUGCACAUGGCUUUGCAGUGGAACCGUCGCAAGAGAAAACGGCACACAGGAGGUUUGUGGCGGCUAUGCUGCCAUCUCCAUUUACAACAACACAGACCCCUCACUCGGCAAGUCAUCGUCGUCGCAGCCGUUCCCGAAUGACUACCUCGGGUGUGCCUUCGAUGGGUCGUCAACGCGCGCUCUUCAAGGUGCUUCCACCGCUGGAUCAGGUAUGACCAUCGAGGCAUGUGCAGCUUUCGCCCAGAAAGGGAACAGCGGCGCGGGUUACAGAUAUUUCGGAGUCGAGUACGGCUCGGAGUGCUACGUUGGAAACACGCUCAUGCCGUCUGGCAAGAUACUGACUGAGACCUCGAGCCCGCCAAGCAGCUCGUGUAAGAUGAAGUGCUCGGGAAAUUCUUCCCAAAUGUGCGGGGGCGCUGGUUUGCUCUCUCUGUACCACAAUCCAAACUACAUAGCAAACUCGGCAGUCAGCCUGAGCAUCGGCGACUAUCGUGCCGCUGGAUGUCUGACCGAUCUCCACUCCGGACAGGGUUUACGAUCUCUGGCUGCUACCUCCACUUUCUCAGAUGGGACUACAGAGGACAGUUGUGUCGCCUAUUGCCAAACGCAGGGUUACCGGUACGCCGGGUAA